AUUUUUAGUACAGACGGGGUUUCUCCAUGUUGGCCAGGCUGGUCUUGAACUCCUGACCUCAGGUGAUCCACCUACCUUGGGCUCCCAAAGUGCUGGGAUUACAGCCCUGAGCCACCGUGCCUGACAAUAAUAAAAAAUUUUAAAGCAAAACUAAAGAUUUAUAAAUUGUAAAAUGCAGAUGUAACAAGUGAUUAAUAUUUACUGUACCAGUAAAUAUGGAUAAUACUAAUGUGCUCACACACGGAGGUGGCGAGUGGUGUGAGCAUUUCAUGGUCAGAGUUUGCCAGUCGGGCGAGAGACAGGAUGGAUUUUAACUCGAACAUCACAGACACAAACUGAAAACCCUGAUGCGGUGCCUGCACCGUUGCCUCCUUUCCUGCACCUGUAAAUGGGACGAGUGAUUCCAUUCCCCCUCCCGCUUCCACCUUCAGAAGGUUUUCUGUCAGCACAGACGCAGUCUUCAGCAAGGAAGUGCUGGGAACGCCCUGGAGUGAACCCAGGAAGAUGCCUGCAGUGGGUGCCAGGUCCCCUCCCCACCGUCCCUGCUGGGCUUUGGGGCCACGCCCGACUGCUGUGAACCGCCUGCGGAGCACCACGUGCGACAGCUGGCUGGAGGCGAGAGGUCUGCCUUUGAUGUGGCUGUUGGUGCAGGGCCUGUGGUGCCUUCCGCAGCGGAAAUGGCGCACCGCCCGGGGAGGGUGGGUGCAGCGUCCCGGGUGCCCCUGUGAGGAUGAGCGAUGAGAUGACUGGAGGGUCCCCGAAGACCUCACCAGGGUGCCCCCCAGCCGGUCCGCUCCCAGGAAGCGACACCUCCAGCCCCAGGGCUGCAGCUGAGGGGGUCGCUACUCUGGCUGGGCGAGGCUGGGCCCUUGGGGGCAGGCGCCAGAGUGGCCUCAGGCUCUACGAGAUGCCUGAAAGCACCAACUCCUCCAGGGCUCACUAGCAUUGGACACUUUCACGCUCUGCCCUGGCCGGAAGCCCCCUCACCCCCAGCGAUGUGCAACUCCUGCAGGGCUCACUCAGUUUCCAGAACUUUAAUUAUUGGAAAGUUCUCCCUGGUCCAGCCCCCAAAUCUGCCGUGAACGUUGACAGCUGAGUUGCUGCUCCAUGCAUGCUUUGGCUGAGAGCAGAGGGGGCCCCUGUCCUCACUGAGCUGCUGAUGUGAGGCGGGGUGAGGGGUGGGGCCUAGAGGUGCCAUCCAUGGCCAGUGACUGAGGCAGAGGAGCCUCUGGAGAGGGCAGGUUCCGGGGAAGCUCCGGACUCCUAGAGGGGAGGCCAGGUGGGGGCCCUGGUGAACAGGACAGACUGUGGUGUUUUUUAACAUAAAGGAGAGAUGCUGUGUGAGGGACCCCCUGGGUACUGCGCGCCGCCUGGUGGCAGGCCAGGCCAUGGUGGGUGCUCACGCCCCCGGCAUGUGCCCAUCAUGUGGCCGCCCUCAGUGGGAGGGGCUCCGAGGAUGACUUUUAAAAUCGCAGAGAAAGCCUCCAUUCUUCCCAGGACCUCAGCGCAACGCUGGCCCAGGGAGGCAGGAGACAGGCCAGGACAGGAGGGGUCCAGAGGUGUCGAAAUGUCCUGGGGACCUGAGCAGCAGCCAGCAGGGAAGAGGCAGGGAGGGAGCUGAGGACCAGGCUUGUCCACAUUGGUUGUGAGCAUCCCUGAGCCCAGGGGGUUGAUGCCAGGAGGUGUCUGGACUGGCUGGGCCAUGCCUGGGCUGACCUGUCCAGCCAGGGAGAGGGUGUGAGGGCAGAUCUGGGGGUGCCCAGAUGGAAGGAGGCAGGCGUGGGAGACACCCAAGGCCCCCUGGCAGCAUCAUGAGCUAAGCAGGACACCUGGAGGGGGAGAACUGUGGGGACCUGGGGGCCUCCAAUGACCCCUUCCUGCUUCCUGGACAGGACUAUGGCUGUGCAGGGAUCCCAGAGAAGACUCCUGGGCUCCCUCAACUCCACCCCCACAGCCAUCCCCCAGCUGGGGCUGGUUGCCAACCAGACAGGAGCCUGGUGCCUGGAGGUGUCCAUACCUGACGGGCUCUUCCUCAGCCUGGGGCUGGUGAGCUUGGUGGAGAACGUGCUGGUGGUGGCCACCAUCGCCAAGAACCGGAACCUGCACUCACCCAUGUACUGCUUCAUCUGCUGCCUGGCCCUGUCGGACCUGCUGGUGAGCGGGGGCAACGUGCUGGAGACGGCCGUCAUCCUCCUGCUGGAGGCCGGUGCGCUGGCGGCCCGGGCUGCCGUGGUGCAGCAGCUGGACAAUGUCAUUGAUGUGAUCACCUGCAGCUCCAUGCUGUCCAGCCUCUGCUUCCUGGGUGCCAUCGCCGUGGACCGCUACAUCUCCAUCUUCUACGCGCUGCGCUACCACAGCAUCGUGACGCUGCCGCGGGCACGGCGAGCCAUCGCGGCCAUCUGGGUGGCCAGUGUCCUCUUCAGCACGCUCUUCAUUGCCUACUACGACCACGCGGCCGUCCUGCUGUGCCUUGUGGUCUUUUUCCUGGCCAUGCUGGUGCUCAUGGCCGUGCUGUACGUCCACAUGCUGGCCCGGGCCUGCCAGCACGCCCAGGGCAUCGCCCGGCUCCACAAGAGGCAGCGCCCGGUCCACCAGGGCUUUGGCCUUAAAGGCGCUGUCACCCUCACCAUCCUGCUGGGCAUUUUCUUCCUCUGCUGGGGCCCCUUCUUUCUGCAUCUCACACUGAUCGUCCUCUGCCCCCAGCACCCCACGUGCAGCUGCAUCUUCAAGAACUUCAACCUCUUUCUCGCCCUCAUCAUCUGCAAUGCCAUCAUCGACCCCCUCAUCUACGCCUUCCGCAGCCAGGAGCUCCGCAGGACGCUCAAGGAGGUGCUGACGUGCUCCUGCUCUCAGGACCGUGCCCUUGUCAGCUGGGAUGUGAAGUCUCUGGGUGGAAGAGUGUGCCAAGAGCUACUCCCACAACAGCCCCAGGAGAUGGGGCUUUGUGACCAGAAAGCUUCAUUCACAGCCUUGCAGCAGGAAGUGAAAUCCCUGCCUCAGGCCAAGGGACCACGUUUGCAGGAGCCUCGCAAGUGCUGUGGAGCUGAGCCCUCCUGGCUCAAUGGAGGCUGCAGGGCCGCCAUCAGCCGACUCCUAGGCAGGCUCUGUCAGCAGCCCCCUGGCCAGCCCCACCCCUGCUUCAGCUCCAGCCCUGACUGCCGGCCUCAGGACUGGGAGCCGCUUCCUGGCAGGGCCCGCCUCUGCUGGGAGACCGGACGUAAACGCAUCUCCAGUCGUUCCCCCAGUCCCCCCUGCACGCAGUCUCCGACCUCAGAGAGUGAGUCAGAAAGAAGCCGCUGCCCACCCUCCCCCACCCUGGCCGGGUUCUUGCCUGGCUUGUGCGUCCUUGUGACAAUUCCUGACACCGAUGCGCACCGGGCAGUGGCACGUCCAGGUGCUGUGCGCGCCCGGGCCCACAAAGCUCCUUUGGAGUCUCAUGGCAGCCCCUUGGUGGAGGGGGUCAGUGGGUUCAGGGCCUGCGCCAGCCUUUACCUACCUCCCCCACCCAAAACCGGCAAAGCUCAGAGCACCUUGUCUGCCAAAAGACAGGGAGGUGGGAAGGGCCAAGAGGGGCUAUUGUCCUCCCUGGAGCCCGGCGCCCCCACAGCCAGCUCCUCUGGGAGGCAGCCCCUCCUUUCGAGUGCGCAGGGCCCCCAGACCGCGCCCGGCCCAGCGCUGGGGGAUCCUUGGCUGCGGGAGGGGCGCCGCAUUGCGCGCGGCGGGCGGGGACGCGCGGUGCCGAGCAUGCGGGCGGGGACGCGCGGUGCGGAGCCUGCGGGCCGGGCGGGGUUCUGCGGCGGCGCCUCCCGAUUGGCCACUCGCGGUGACAUCAGCCGAUGCGAAGGGCGGGGCCGCAGCUAUAAGAGCGCGCGGCCGCGGUCCCCGACCCUCAGCAGCCAGCCCGGCCCGCCCGCGCCCGUCCGCAGCCGCUCGCCAGACGCGCCCAGUAUGAGGGAGAUCGUGCACAUCCAGGCCGGCCAGUGCGGCAACCAGAUCGGGGCCAAGUUCUGGGAAGUCAUCAGUGAUGAGCAUGGCAUCGACCCCAGCGGCAACUACGUGGGCGACUCGGACUUGCAGCUGGAGCGGAUCAGCGUCUAUUACAACGAGGCCUCUUCUCACAAGUACGUGCCUCGGGCCAUUCUGGUUGACCUGGAACCCGGAACGAUGGACAGCGUCCGCUCAGGGGCCUUCGGACAUCUUUUCAGGCCUGACAAUUUCAUCUUUGGUCAGAGUGGGGCCGGCAACAACUGGGCCAAGGGUCACUACACAGAGGGUGCGGAGCUGGUGGAUUCCGUCCUGGAUGUCGUGCGGAAGGAGUGUGAAAACUGCGACUGCCUGCAGGGCUUCCAGCUGACCCACUCGCUGGGGGGCGGCACGGGCUCCGGCAUGGGCACGUUGCUCAUCAGCAAGGUGCGUGAGGAGUAUCCCGACCGCAUCAUGAACACCUUCAGCGUCGUGCCCUCGCCCAAGGUGUCAGACACGGUGGUGGAGCCCUACAACGCCACGCUGUCCAUCCACCAGCUGGUGGAGAAUACGGAUGAGACCUACUGCAUCGACAACGAGGCGCUCUACGACAUCUGCUUCCGCACCCUCAAGCUGGCCACACCCACCUACGGGGACCUCAACCACCUGGUGUCGGCCACCAUGAGCGGAGUCACCACCUCCUUGCGCUUCCCAGGCCAGCUCAACGCUGACCUGCGCAAGCUGGCGGUGAACAUGGUGCCCUUCCCGCGUCUGCACUUCUUCAUGCCCGGCUUCGCCCCCCUCACAGCCCGGGGCAGCCAGCAGUACCGGGCCCUGACCGUGCCCGAGCUCACCCAGCAGAUGUUUGAUGCCAAGAACAUGAUGGCGGCCUGCGACCCGCGCCACGGCCGCUACCUGACCGUGGCCACCGUGUUCCGGGGCCGCAUGUCCAUGAAGGAGGUGGACGAGCAGAUGCUGGCCAUCCAGAGCAAGAACAGCAGCUACUUCGUGGAGUGGAUCCCCAACAACGUGAAGGUGGCCGUGUGUGACAUCCCGCCCCGCGGCCUCAAGAUGUCCUCCACCUUCAUCGGGAACAGCACGGCCAUCCAGGAGCUGUUCAAGCGCAUCUCCGAGCAGUUCACGGCCAUGUUCCGGCGCAAGGCCUUCCUGCACUGGUACACGGGCGAGGGCAUGGACGAGAUGGAGUUCACCGAGGCCGAGAGCAACAUGAACGACCUGGUGUCCGAGUACCAGCAGUACCAGGACGCCACGGCCGAGGAGGAGGGCGAGAUGUACGAAGACGACGAGGAGGAGUCGGAGGCCCAGGGCCCCAAGUGAAGCUGCUUGCAGCUGGAGUGAGAGGCAGGUGGCGGCCGGGGCCGAGGCCAGCAGUGUCUGACCCCGAGAGCCAUCUUGCUGCCGACACCGUACCCUGCUAUCCCCUCGCCCUACGGCUCCCUUGCUACCCUCCUGCAGUAUUUAUGGCCUCGUCCUCCCCACCUAGGCCACGUGUGAGCUGCUCCUGUCUCUGUCUUAUCGCAGCUCCAGGCCUGGCGUUUUACGGUUUUGUUUUUUACUGGUUUGUGUUUCUAUUUUCGGGGAUACUUAAUAAAUCUAUUGCUGUCAGAUA